AUGGCAAAAGGCAGUUACCCAAAGGAAAGCGAAACUGAUGGUGAUUGGGGUAUCCAUGAAUUUGAGAUUACCUUGAACUGGUUCAAUUCAAACAUUCAAAUAAAAACCUUGGCAGAUGACGUGCGUGACCGAAUUACAAGUUUUAGAAAAUCUACCGUCAAAAAAGAAAAACCUCUUAUUCAACAUCCUAUUGAUUCUCAAGUUGCAAUGAGUGAGUUUCCAGCGGCUCAGCCAUUGUAUGAUGAACGAUCUUUGAAUUUAACAGAAAAGGAAGUCCUGGAUCUCUUUGAAAAAAUGAUGGAGGACAUGAACCUUAACGAAGAACGGAAAGCUCCUUUACGAAACAAAGAUUUUACCACCAAACGUGAGAUGGUCGGCCAGUAUAUUUCCGCUACUGCCAAAUCUAUAGUUGGAAGUAAAGUUACGGGAGGGCUGAAAAACAGCAAACAUGAAUGCACCCUGUCUUCACAAGAAUACGUGCAUGAAUUACGAUCUGGUAUUUCAGAUGAGAAACUUCUUAACUGCCUAGAAUCUCUCAGGGUUUCUUUAACCAGCAAUCCUGUCAGCUGGGUUAACAACUUUGGCCAUGAAGGUCUUGGACUGUUGUUGGAUAUGCUGGAAAAGCUUCUGGACAAGAAACAGCAAGAGAAUAUCGAUAAGAAGAAUCAGUAUAAACUUAUUCAGUGCCUCAAAGCAUUUAUGAAUAAUAAGUUUGGAUUGCAAAGGAUUCUGGGAGACGAAAGAAGUCUUUUACUACUGGCAAGAGCAAUUGACCCCAAACAGCCCAACAUGAUGACUGAAAUAGUAAAAAUACUUUCUGCUAUUUGCAUCGUUGGAGAAGAGAACAUUCUAGAAAAGCUUUUAGGGGCUAUCACUACAGCAGCAGAACGAAACAACAGAGAACGAUUUUCACCAAUUGUGGAAGGAUUAGAAAACCAUGAAGCUUUGCAAUUACAGGUGGCCUGCAUGCAGUUUAUAAAUGCCCUUGUCACAUCUCCUUAUGAGCUUGAUUUUCGAAUACAUUUAAGGAAUGAAUUCCUUCGUUCAGGACUAAAAACAAUGUUACCAGAUCUAAAAGAAAAAGAGAAUGAUGAGCUUGAUAUUCAGUUGAAAGUAUUUGAUGAGAACAAAGAGGACGACCUAACCGAAUUAUCACACCGUCUCAAUGACAUUCGAGCAGAAAUGGAUGAUAUGAAUGAAGUGUACCAUCUUCUGUAUAAUAUGUUGAAGGACACUCCUGCUGAAAAUUACUUAUUAUCCAUUCUACAACACUUUUUGCUCAUCAGAAAUGAUUAUUAUAUCAGGCCACAGUAUUACAAAAUAAUAGAGGAGUGUGUUUCACAGAUAGUGCUCCACUGCAGUGGGAUGGAUCCAGAUUUCAAGUAUAGACAAAGAUUAGACAUUGAUUUCACUCAUCUGAUAGAUUCUUGUGUGAACAAGGCAAAAGUAGAAGAAAGUGAGCAAAAAGCAGUGGAAUUUUCGAAGAAGUUCGAUGAAGAAUUCACAGCUCGACAGGAAGCUCAAGCUGAGCUUCAGAAAAGAGAAGAAAAAAUCAAAGAGCUUGAAACAGAAAUCCAGCAACUUCGAACCCAGGGACAUGGACUCUCAGGUUCACCUCCUCCUCCACCGCCUCCAUUGCCAGGUAGUGGGCCACUGCCACCCCCACCUCCACCACCGCCACCUCUACCCGGAGUAGGUCCCCCACCUCCUCCUCCACUUCCUUCGUCUGGGGUAUCACCACCACCACCUUUGAUUGGGGGGCCUAUUCCACCGCCUCCCUUUGGAGCUCUUCCUUUGCCGGGAACAGCACUUGAUCUGCCGUAUGGAAUGAAGCAGAAAAAAAUAUAUAAGCCUGAAGUGUCCAUGAAGAGAAUCAACUGGUCAAAGAUUGAACCCAAAGAAUUAUCUGAGAACUGUUUCUGGUUAAAAGUUAAGGAAGAUAAGUUUGAAAAUCCUGAUCUCUUUGCAAAAUUGGCACUGAAUUUUGCUACUCACAUGAAAGUUCCAAAGAAUGCAGAAGCUUUAGAAGAGAAGAAGACCCUACCUGCAAAGAAGAAGGUGAAAGAGUUGAGAAUUUUGGAUCCCAAAACAGCCCAGAAUCUGUCUAUCUUCCUAGGAUCAUAUCGUAUGCCGUAUGAAGACAUAAAAAACAUUAUUCUGGAAGUUAAUGAAGACAUGUUGAGUGAGGCCCUAAUUCAGAACCUUAUAAAACAUCUUCCAGAGCAGAAGGUACUCAGUGAAUUAGCACAGCUGAAGAAUGAAUAUGAUGACCUUUGGGAGCCUGAACAAUUUGGGGUUGUGAUGAGCUCAGUGAAAAUGUUACGGCCUCGUCUCAAUAGCAUUCUUUUCAAGCUUACAUUUGAAGAACACGUAAACAACAUCAAACCGAGCAUCAUAGCUGUAACUCUUGCCUGUGAAGAACUGAAGAAAAGUGAAAGCUUUAGCAGACUCUUAGAGUUAGUUCUUUUGGUUGGAAACUACAUGAACUCAGGCUCAAGAAAUGCCCAGUCCUUGGGUUUUAAGAUCAACUUUCUUUGUAAGAUCAGAGAUACUAAAUCAGCAGAUCAAAAAACAACCCUCUUGCAUUUUAUUGCUGAAAUUUGUGAAGAAAAAUACCGGGAUAUCCUGAAAUUUCCUGAAGAACUGGAGCAUGUAGAAAGUGCAAGCAAAGUUUCAGCUCAAAUUCUCAAGAGCAACCUUGCCGCAAUGGAACAACAGAUUGUUAAUCUGGAACGUGACAUCAAGCGAUUCCCCCAAACAGAAAAUCAACAUGAUAAGUUUGUGGAAAAGAUGACGAGCUUUACAAAGAGCGCCAGAGACCAGUAUGAAAAACUGUUCACCAUGCACAACAACAUGGUAAAGCUCUAUGAGAAUCUUGGAGAAUACUUUGUUUUUGACUCUAAGACAGUGAGCAUAGAAGAAUUUUUCGGUGAUCUCAGCAACUUCCGAACUUUGUUUCUGGAAGCAGUGAAAGAAAACAACAAGAGAAAAGAAAUGGAAGAGAAGACUAGGAGGGCAAAACUUGCAAAAGAGAAAGCAGAACAAGAAAAGUUGGAACGCCAGAAGAAGAAGAAACAACUCAUCGAUAUAAACAAAGAGGGUGAUGAGACUGGCGUGAUGGAUAAUCUUCUAGAAGCCCUGCAAUCAGGUGCAGCGUUCCGAGAUCGCAGAAAGCGGAUUCCGAGGAAUCCAGAUAACAGAAGAGCACCUUUGGAAAGGUCACGCUCUCGCCACAAUGGAGCUAUCUCAUCUAAGUGAUGCCUGAUGCCAAAGAACAUGAAGAUAUUUAAGUAAACAAAAUCAUACACUUUGAGAAGAACAAAGAACAAAACAUGUGCUCAAGGGAUGGAGAGGAAAUAAGUGCAUUUCUGCAAAUAUCAAGCUAGGCUGGAUGAAAUAGCAUGCAUUUGUAAAGCUAUUGCAAGACUCCUCCCACAGCUAUACUAACAUGAACACAAUUAUCAGGAUUCUAAAACGUGUGUUCCAUUUUAGUGCAAAGAUGUGUGUUAUUAGUUAUUGUGUGUGGCCUGACAGUGAUGAUGGAACGUGUAAGAAAUAGAAGAGUUCUCAGGCUUUCAAAACCAUUCAGCCUGUCAGAAAUGUAUAAUGUUACUCAAAUUUGAAGUCACCUUCUCCCACCCCCCACCAAAAAAAGGAAGAAAAGAGAACGUAAAGGACAGAAAGAAAUUAGUCCAUGUCUGCUUCUGAUUGCUGUUACAUAGAAAAGGAAAAGGCCAGUGAAAAUGUGUGUGUUAACGGUCUGGAGAGACGCUGAUCCUGCACACUCUGUAAGAGAAGCCAUUUUUGGAAACUCAGAAAAAGUACUGCUUCACCCCCGUCACGUUCUUUAGAAUCUUAUCUCAAGUGAAAGUUGAUGGAUUCAUCUGCUUUGGCUGAAAUUAAACUUAUCAUUAAUCUAGAGUUUCAGCGUGAUAUUGCAGGCACUUAUCACUGCUAAAAAUAAACCAAAGUUUAACAGAGGCAGUUAGAGAAAGUGAUUGAAACUUUAUUUAAAGAGGUAUUUUCUAAUUAUGCACAUAGAUCUACUUUCUACAAAUACUUUAUAUGGCUAUUUUUGAGAAAAACCUGACAUCUUAAUGUUUCUGAUAGGGAUGAACCUGCAAAUUCUAUUCCCUUUAUUUAGAUUUUUAAAGGUAAAUAUUGAUUCCUAUCCUCCAUGGUUUAUUUCUUCUCUCUAUUGCUUCUUUCUCACACGACCCCCUUGAAGGCAAGGAAUAGAGUUCUAGGAGAUCUGAGAGGAAAAAGAUUUCUCUCUGCAGGAGGCAGCAGAAAACUGUCUGAAAGGUCAAUUGUUUUAUCUGCCUUCCUACUCCCCUUUCCAAUUCUGCCUUGAUGGUCUGAAGAAGAAAAAGAAAUUACAUGUAUGUAUCUGUAUAUAUGUGUAUAUAUUUAUAUCUCCUGCUACAAUGAUUCCACAUUCCCAGUGACUAAGUGAACUUCUCAAUCAUCAUCAUACUUACUUACUUUAUACUAACAAAUUAAAAUGAUGCUGCCAAAACAACUCCAGGAGGAAAACACAGGCUCUCCAUUUUUCUUAAAUAGACGAGGGAGGAAAAGUUGUACUUAACUUGUCUGUGAUUUUUCAAUAUGCAUUGAAGUAAUGUCGUAUAACUUCUCCGGAGUGCAAUUUUAAGGCUAAUCCAUGCAGGUGAUUGUGAUGAUUGUAAACAAUUUCUUAUAUGUAUAGUUCUUAUAUAGAAAAUCCUAUUUCUACUCCUCCAGAGCACAUUAUAGACAUUCAGAAGAACAAACGACUAGCUUGGCAAGUCACCACCUGAGAUAAUGCAAACAAGUGACCGAUAGCUCACAGUUUCCUUUAUAUACAUGUAUAGUGAUUCGAACUGCCGCCUUUUCCUCCAGUGCAUUCUCACUUGGCUCUUAUCCUUCACAAAGCUCUGAAGCUACUACAAUAGAGAAAUCAAAAAGAGUAACAGGAUCUGAGAUUUUACACUUUUAUCCUAUCUUAAGACACACACAUUUAGCGCACGCACACACACACACAAACAAGUUCAAGGGAUGUAUCAAUUUCACACACUGUUUUUUAACAAUAACAGCAACAAAGCUUUAGGUUCUACUAAUUUAUGUAAAUUCUUUAUGGACUUUUAUCUUCACAAAGGCUUUUCUGAAAUCUUCAUGGUAUGGCUUCUUUGAGUCUUGUGCUAGAAAAUGAUAUUUUGAAAUACUAACCCUGACUUACAUUUAGGGGCAUUUGCCACACCAUAUUAUCAAGCUGGUCAGGGUAGAAAUACUGAUGCAUAUCACCUUUUCCAGAUGUGAACUUGCCUUAUUUUUUAGUUUGUGGAAAAAUAAAGAACUACUAUUAUGGAUAAAUUAUAUAUUUGUAUUUACAGUAAUCCCACAUGCUUUUCACAAACAUUAUGAGACCUUUCAGGGUCUUUUACAAAGUUCUGGUAACUGAAUUAAAGGGUUUGAUUCCCAGAUUUAUAAUGGUCCUGCUCUAGCCGUUGGCAGUUUUGUUUUAGAUUGAAAAUUAUCAUCAAAAAAAAAAAAAAGGUACAUGGUGACAUUCUUAUUAUAGAACCAAAUGCUACUAAAGUAUUUUGUUGGGUUUAUCACUGCCACAUGUGAGAAGCACCAAUUUAAUGCAGAUUUUCUUCAGAAUGUUUUUUAAAACUGUUUACAAGUUGUAUUAGUUUCCUUUGGCUGCUGUAACAAAUUACCACACACUUGGGGACUUAAACACAUUAGAAAGUCAUUCCCUUGUGAUUGUGGUGAUCAGAUGUCCAAAAUCAAGGGUCAUGCUCCCUCCAGAGGCUCUAGAGAAAAUCUUCCCUUGCCUCUUCCAGCUGCUGGUGGCUGUUGGCACUCUUUGGGUUAUAACCACAUCUCUCUCUGCUCCGUCUUCUCAUCCCCUUCCCUUCUGUGUGUCUAAUUUCCCUAUGCCUCUCUCAUAAGGACGCUUCUGUUGGAAUUUAGGGCCCACCUAGAUAAUCCAGGAUCCUUUCAUGUCAAGACCCUAAGCUUAAUGACAUCUGUAAGACCAUUUUUCCAAAUAAAAUAUCAUUCACAGGUUCUUGGGAUUAGGAUGUGGAUGUAUCUUUUUGGAGGUGACCUUUAGCCCACUGGACCCCGCCAAAUGUAUGUCUGUCCCACAUGCAAAAUAUAUUCACCCUAUCCCAACAUUUCCAACAGUCUCAUUCCUAAGUUUAAAAUCUCAUCCAAAUCUCAGUUCAAAAGUCCUGAAUUUCAUCAUCUUAAUCAUCUAAGUCAAGGAUAAGUGAAAACCCUGGGGCAAAAUUCCUUUCCAUCUGUGAAUCAGUGAAACAAGACAACAAAUUAUUUGCUUGCAAAAUACAAUGGUGGGACAGGCAUAUGAUAAUAGUUACAGACAUUCCGAUUACAAAAAGGAGAAAAUGGAGCAAAGGAGUCACCUGUCCUGCUGAUUUUCAGAAUUCAGCCCAGUAGAACCCCCUUAGGUUUCAAGGCCUGACAAUAAUCCUCCUUGUCUCAGGGCUGCACCCUUCAGGCCUGCAGCUCUGGCCUCUUGGCCCAUGGAUGGAGUCUCUGCCUCUGAACCUGCAGCUCUGCCCUUGGGUUGAUCCUUUCUAUUGAAGGGUAGCGCCUGUCUGUAGCUUUAUCAUCCUGUUUCCUGCCUGAAAAAUUUUGGUAGUCUGACAACCUUCUCUCAUUUAGUCCUGUCUCUGCCCCUUUCAGGCCAAGCUGGAACUGUUUCUGCUGGUAUAACCUUCUCAAAAACUUUGUGGGCUCCCCAUGUAUGUAUCACAUUGAUUCAAUAGUGAGACAAGAGAGUCCUCACAGAUCUUUGCCAGAUAACCCUAUUUCUAUUCCUGGUGUCUGUUGUGAUGGUUGAAUGGAUCACUGAGUAAAUGCCUGGUCGCUUCCACACUGGCCAAAGGUUGUCCAGACUUGACUUUAUCUCUAGAGCACACUAUCCUAACAGUGACUCUCCUCGUUUUAGCUUUUUUUUUCCCCAAUCUGAAUAGUCUCAGAAUUUCCUGAAUCAUCAAGUGCUGCUUCCUUUCUGCUUAAUAGUUCUUUCUUUAAUUUAUCUCUUUCCUCUUCUAUUUUACUAUAAGGUCAAGAAAAAAAACAAAAAAACUAGGCCAUCCCUCCAACGCUUUGCUCUCAAAUUUCCACCACUAAAUAUCCAAAUUCAUUGCUUACAGAUUCUACUUUCCACACAACUGUUGGAAACAAUUUGAAUAAGCUUUACGCCACUUUAUAACGAGGAUCACCUUUCCUCUAGUUUCCAAUAAACUUUUCCUCAGUUCCUUUUGAGCACUCACAGGAAACGCCCUUAGCAUUCAUAUUCUUACCAACGGUCUGUUAAAGGCUCUAUACUUUUUCUAUCAUAGUCAUCAGAAUUCUUCCAACCUCUACACAUUAUCUAAUUCCAAAGCCACUUCCACAUUUUUAGGUCUUUUUAAUAGCAGCACCUGACUGCCUGAUACCAAAAUCUGUAUUUUGUUCCUGUGGUAGCUGGAACAGAUUACUCCAAAUAUGGUGGCUUAAAACAACAGAAAUUUAUUCUCCUACUGUUUAGGAGGCCAGAAGUCCUAAACUGAGGUCUUGGCAGGGCUGCACUCCCUCUGAAGGCUAUCAGAGAAGGCCCACCAGUUUAUCCAUGAUAAUUUCCUCAUCUCAAGAUCCUUAACUUUAAUUACAUCUGUGAAGACCCUUCUUCAGAAUAAGGUAACGUCACAGGUUCUGAGAAUUAGGACAUGGACGUAUCUUUGGGGAGCCACCAGUCAGCUCACUACACUAGUCAUUGCACAUAAAUGUACUUUUCACUUUUUAAAAUGCAUCCUUGGUGCUCAAGCCAAAUUCAAGGUUGUCUCUAAAAGCUAUUGUAUGCACAGGCUACUGCAUGCUUUGAUGUUAAAUGGCUGAACAGGCUAUUCUAAAAUUCAGUUGAUACUUUUGUUACUAUGGCCAAUUAGCUUGAAAAAAUAAUUGGUUCCAGUUCUGAGCUCUGGUGUAUCUCUUCUGCCCCUUUUAUGGAGUCUUUGACCAAACGUCUUCUAUGAUUAAUAAUGUAGGUAUAAAACUACCUCUGAUACAGAAAGGUUCUUCACAAGUUUAUUUUAGAUAUUGUGAAUCCCUCAGCUGAAAGGAGAGAUGACAGCAGAGCUUGUUUGAAUGGAUACUGAGGGAGGCUGUGCCCAUACCAAGACACUCAGAAGAAGUAUUUCAGUAGUAGCAGAACUGUGGAUUCAUGUUCUCAUUUUGCCUCGGAAUAAACACCUGUCUCUUUGCAGGACCAAGAAUGACUUGCAAUUUAUCUGUCAUGCAUACUUACUUAUUCAAUAAAGUUAAGAUUAAAUUAAA